CGCCCAUCGACGACGACGAAUCGACCAAACCGUUUUGCUGUGCGUACCCUGAAUACCGUACGGUACUCGUACCCGUGCCGAUCCACCGACGGAUCGACCGACCGGUGUUCGUUGCUUGCACCGCCUUCGCCCCGAGCCCGGUCGCACCGAGAAGAACGCCAUGAGCAUCGACCUCCAGUGGGUGCGGAACGACCCGGACCGGGUCCGGGAAUUCCAGGCCCUCCGCCGCCGAGCGGGGGCAAGGAAGAACCACGGAAGCGGCGACGGGAACAGCAACAGCAACAGCCAUUGCGAGAGCAACGACGGCGGCGGCGGCGAGACCGAGGACCCCGUCGGCAGGGUCCUCCGCCUCGACGGGGCGACCCGGGCCCUGCUGCGGGCCCUGCAGGGCCGCAAGCGGAGGCUCGGGGAGCUGGGACGGGCCCUCCGGCCGGGGCCGGACCCGCUCCCAUUCGCCGACCGGGAGGCCCUCCUCCGCGAGAAAAAGGCCCUGCAGGCCUCGAUCGUCGAGGAAGAGGCCGCCUGGAGGGCCUCCGAACAAGACACCCUGGCCUGCCUUUGCGAGCUGGCGGGACCGGUGGAGGGUCCCCCCUUGGGGGGCUGGGGGUACGGCGAUGGGGACGGCGAGAACGACAGCGACAGCGGCGGAAGGGACGCACGGCGCGAGCUCCCGCCGGUCCUGGGGGGGGAGGCCCACCGGUCGGUCCUCGCCAUGGACCUGGCACAGGCCUGGAGGGCCUACACCCUCCGGUGCUUUGGGAACUACCCCUCCGUCGAGCUCCCGCAACCUUGCACCACGCCAAGGGCCGAGAACGACCCCUGGCUCCGCCUGCUGGAGGAGUGCCUGCCGAGGGGCCGGUCGAUCUGGGGGGAGAAGGAGCUCCCGAGGUUCGCCGCUGCCUGGAGCGGGGAUUCCCGCCUGGAUCUCCUGGCCCUCUGCCCCCCGGGGGGCUCCGACGCCCGGGAGAUCCAGGCCGACCUCUUUGGCGAGCUCGUCCGGUACUUCGGGCCGCUGGUCGGUGGUUGCGAAACCGAAAGCGGAAGCCGAAGGGUCCUGAAGAGGUACGCGGCCCCACCCCCGGACCUCGACCUUCACGAGUGGAGCCGGCACGAGCUCCACCUGGUGCCCGAGGACCCGGGGGCGGGCCUUCCUUCCGUUUUGCUCGGAGCGGUCUCGCACCGGGGCGACGCCCGGACCCGGGCCAAGGGGAUGGCCUUUGCCGGCGGGGGCCUCCUCCGGGCCGGGGGGAAGCACCCGAGGCCGGCUGCCUCCCGGGCCGUGGCGAGGGAGUUUGUCCACCUGGUGCAGGCCUCGGUGGCCGGGCCGUGGACCUGGAACGCGGUCCUGUCCUGCCGCAGGGUGGGGGGAACCCACCUGGAGGUGCCGGCCUGCCUGGUCCCCCACCUGGCGCGGCCGGUUCCCGCUUCCGGCGCCGGUCCGGAGCGGACCGUCCCCCUGGAGGACCUGGUCGUCCCCCGCAGGGGCGGGGGGUCCCGCCUGUUUGGGGAGCGCAAGCCCGCGGCAGCGGAAGGGUUGGCGGCCCAAACGCAAGCUUUUCCGAGGUUCCCGCCCCUCGGGCCCCCCGGACCGGGCGAGCGGGAGCAGCGCGCCCGGUGGGACCGGCUGUCGUGCCCCUUCGGGGUGGUCGUUUCAGGGCCACCGGCCCGGCCGUAGCGGGGGGGCGGCCCUUUGGCAAGGAUCCUACCGUACUACAAUGCGGUGUGCCAUACGGUACCACGAUGCAAUAUAAUAAUAGAGCCUAG